AUGAUUCAACUACGCUUGGGACGAGUGUUACUCGGGCUUCUCGGAGCUUGCGCUUUCGCCUUGGUAUUCUGGCCAAGACUGCACGCGCAUCGCUCCGCUGAACAGCAAUGGCAGGCCUGGGAUGGUCUUGCUGCUAUUGAAAACCAGACAUUGGGCUUCGGGAAAGUUUUUGCCAUCAACAUGCCCAGCCGGGUUGAUAAGCGCGAUAAUAUUGUCUUGGGUUCUUCCGUGUGCGACUUCCUCGUCGACUGGAUCGAUGGUGUGUUUCCGGAAGAAGUCAAUUCCAAAACCUUCCCAUAUAAUUGGAACCAAGACCACAAGGCGUCUGAAUAUGCUGCCCGCCGUGCGCAUGUGAACGGAAUGAAAAGAAUUGUCGAGGAUAGAAUUGGAAGCGCAAUCAUUAUGGAAGAUGACGCGGACUGGGACGUCAACAUCAAGAGACAACUCCAGACCUUUGCCCUCUCAGUACGGGCCCUCCAAGGUACGACUGGUAUACCGAAGACGUCUCCAUACGGCGAUGACUGGGACAUUCUGUGGUUGGGUCAUUGCGGCAUCGAAUGCAAGACCGAACUCCCAUUCUACCUCACCCCGAAUGACCCCACGAUCCUUGAACCUCGUCAUUUCCUUCCCUAUCUGCGCGACUCGCCUCCGUUCGAGCGGCCUGACCAUGCUCGCCUAACUUGUACGGCCAAAGACGGCGUAUGCACCAGCAUGUAUGCUGUGAGUUAUCACGGCGCCCAGCGCAUUCUCGCGGCCUUGUCCGUAAAUCCCUCCGGACUGGCCGAAGAGAUCGAUAUCGGGGCGCAGUUCGAUGUUUCAUUAGGGCGCAUGUGCGGGAAUGGGUAUUUGCGUUGUUUUGCGCCUUUCCCUGCCUUAACAGGAGGUUUCCGUGCAGCUGGCGCCGCGGAAAAAGGAUCUGACAUUCAUGAUCAGCAGGGAGAUGCGGUAGGGUUUGCGAGCUGGGGAGUAUUGUAUAGCACCAUGCUCAACGUGAAGCAAAUCCUCAGUGGAGAGCCUGUGCGCGCAACGUGGGAGGAUGUUGAGAAGCCGGUCCUUUCGGAUGCGGUCCCCAUUGGGCGAGGAUCAAUUUAUCUAAAGAGAGAAGACGGUCAAUCCGAGCUUUCCUCAGUUGCCAUUGAUGAGAAUCAACGAAGCCAUAGAGCGACACCCAUACGUUUAUAG